GGAAGUGACUGUUCCUGCUCCAGGGAGGGCCGCCCGGGCCUACCCUGCCUGGGCGCAGCUAGGCAAACUGAUGCGGUCCGGACCGGGUGACCAUGGCGGUGUUUCAUGACGAGGUGGAGAUCGAGGACUUUCAAUAUGACGAGGACACAGAGACGUAUUUCUACCCCUGCCCCUGUGGGGAUAACUUCUCCAUCACCAAGGAAGAUUUGGAAAAUGGAGAAGAUGUGGCAACGUGUCCUAGCUGCUCACUCAUUAUAAAAGUGAUUUAUGACAAAGAUCAGUUCAUGUGUGGAGAAACAGUCCCAGCUCCUUCAACCAACAAAGGGUUAGUUAAGUGCUGAGGACGCUCUCAGAACCCACAUCCAGAACAGCGGGGGCUGAGCCCAGGUGGCUGGAUCCGGUGCAGAGUUACCAACCUCCUCAGUGGGCAACUAUCCUGUGGAUGGCCUCAUGGGUGUGAUCUACAUCAGCCACUGACCUCGGCGUGAAGAAGUGAGCCUGUGACACAUCAGCCCUGGAUUCCAUGCUUACCUGACUGGCAGGAUUCCUCUCUGUCCAUCUGAAUUUAAGGAAGAGCCCUGUGAACUGAUGGUUUUUCCUUCAAUUGGUUGCAUCAUUUGAAUAUCUGAAAAUUCAUUUUCUGAAAAUAACAUCAUCCGCUCAGUCCUGAGAGUGUUCUUUUAUUUUUUAAGAUUUAUGAUUUUAUUCUUAAUUGUGUGUAUAUGUACAUUUGUGUGUGGGUAUGUGCAUGUGAGAAUCAUGUGAGAAUCGUUGCCCAAGAUGGCCAGAGGCACUGGAUCUCCUGGAGCAGGAGUCACAGGCAGUUGGGAGCCACCUGACAUGGGUGGUGGGACCCAAACUUUGGUUCCCUGACAGCACUACACACUCCAACCUCUGACCCCUCUCUCCAGCCCAUGGUGGGUUCAGAUGAGGCAGCCUGCCUUUCCAGUGCUGCACUUCCAGUUCCUCCCACACCCAGUCAGCCUGGGCUCGCCGUGAUCGCAUUGUCCUGUGCUCGGUCACUUCUGUUACUUUUCAUGCACAGAGUACAGUCCUGCUGUUAGACUGUGAGGCCACGGUUUCCCCGUAGCUUCCAGUUAGUGCAGAAGGAAAGACCGUCUGAAGUGAAAUGGUAAAAGAAAUGCUGCCUAACGCCCUGUGCAUCCUUAUGUCAGGACAAAUGUAAAGGAAACAGCCGACGGAGGGUACCCCUGGCGGCAGCGAGAGGCGCAAGGCCUGCUAACUCGGCAAGUGGAAGUACGUGAAUAGUUGCCAGUGGGAACAAGUCUUUCUGUAUCACGGCCUUGAUUUCUUGAAAUGCCUGAUGGGAUCCAUCUCAGACGGGCGAGGCUGAUCUUCAUACGCAGUAGUUGUAACGUAGCACAGCUCUGUGUCGGCGUUAGGCCUAAGGAGUGCAGACUACAACAGGGUGAGCUCUAACAGACACGCCCGUGAUGCACACCUAGGAACACUGCACAUAACAGAACCCAAGUCAACACGUACCCCUGCUGCGAUUCUUCCCCUGAAGAAAGAGACGUAUGUCAGAUGGCUAUUAGUCUUUCUCCACUGCAGUCUGAGAGCAUCAAGAAGUUAGAUUCACCCAUUCAGAAAUUUAAAAAGUUCCCUUGUAAACACAGCUUUGCUGUGAAUGCAUAAAGUUUUGAAAAUCCAUUGCUUAUCCAGCAGAUUGUUUGGGGUAUGGCUCCUGCAACUAAAAAAAGCCAGAAGGGACUGGAGAGAUGGCUGGUAGGCUAAGAUCUCUUGCUGUUCUUCUAGAAGACCCGUGUUCAAUUCUUAGCACCCACAUAGCAGCUCACAACUCCGCCUGACUCCAGUUCCUGGGGCUCUGACUCCUUCUUCUAACCUCUAAAUACCAGGCAUGCACAUAGUUCAGAGACAUACAUGCAGACAAAAGACCCAUACAACUAAAGAAAAAUGUACUUAAAAAGAAAGAAAUGGGGGCUGGGGAUUUAGCUCAGUGGUAGAGCGCUUACCUAGGAAGCGCAAGGCCCUGGGUUCGGUCCCCAGCUCCGAAAAAAAGAACCAAAAAAAAAAAAAAAGAAAUGGCCAAUAAAUGCAUUGUAUCCACUCAUUGGAGGUUUAAAUUAAAAUGUGUAACCAGGUUUUUUAACCAUAGAGAAGUGUGUGGUUCUAGGCAACCAUUAGGCUGAGACUAAGUUAAAAGUUGUCUGAAGUGUGUUGUCCAGUACAUUCUUUGGGGGAGGUGGGAAGGUGUUGAACCCAAGGCCUGGCUCACGCUGGGCAAAUGCUCCAGUGCAGGGCUGCAUCUCCGGCGGACAGUUCUCAUAGGAAAUCUCACUGCUGUUUGGUGUCUCCCAAAUUACCGUACAAAACAGCCGCUACUCAAACAGGCGGAGCAAGGUGGUUCUGGUGAGAAGGAGCUACAUGGAGACACAGAUUGUCUGUGCUCCUCAGAUCGAUGGUUUUGGAGAGUCCACUAACAGUCGUCGUCGUCCUCCUCUUCCUCCUCCUCCUCCUCCUCCUCUUCCUUCUCCUCCUCCUCCUCCUUCUCCUCCUUCUUGCUGCUACUGUUGCAUUCCACAGCAGAUGUCUUGUUGCAGGUGUUCUGUGAACACAAAGGAGCAGGAGUCCAAGUUCAAACACCUCAGGAGACAAAGCAUGGACAGACUGGUGGUGAGUGCCUGGUGGGGUGGAUGUGAUUUUGUCUUAAAGCAACCGAGCAACUUUAUAGAAGCACCAGCUAUUAGCCCCGUAUUAAACAGAAAAACCCAAGGUCUUUCAGAUGUGACUGGAGUCCCAGACGCUUCCAGAACACCUUUGAGAACCAGUAAGAGUAUCUGCUCUGCUUGUGAGCUCUGUCGUCUUUGACAGGGCCUGUGGAUGGAUAACUCAUCUGUACAGCAAAGUGAUGGACGGGGUCAGGUGAUCUCUCAGCUGUCAGUUCUCAUUUUAGAUGUGGUUCCUUGUCAGAACACAAAACUAUCAUGAGUAGAAGCUUCAUUUUUCUUUCACAACAACACACUUCAGAGUGAAGUUUCUAGUCAGUUCUUCAAAGGGUUCUUUCCUCUCAUGCUCAUGCUUUUCUUUCCUGAGGUGCUUGAACUUGGGACUCUGCUCCCUUUUGAUCACAGAAGACCUACAUCAUUGUGUUCACAUAUGUGUCUGAAGGCACAGCCAAUGAUUUUUGUAGUACUGUAAUGAAUCAAUUCAUUAGAAUGACUUGCAUCGCCAAGCUAAUAAAAUGAGACCAUGCAAAUUCA